AUGAUCAAAAACAAAUUGUACAAUAUAUAAUUAUAAAUAAUUAACAAAAAAACAUAUAAUAAGUUUAGUUAAAAGAUACUCUCUUAAAAAAUGUCAGAGUGGGAUAUGCCUAUUUACGUACCAAAAAAUCAAUAAAACAAGCCAUAGCAAAUUUAAUAAAGUAAAGAAGCUUAACAAAAUCAUUAUCAAUAAACCAAUAAAAGUAAAGUGCAAUACAUUCCUAAGGUUCAAGCCUAAAAGAAUGAAGAUUUAGAAGAAAAAAAGGUGAAUAUUGAUUAGCUAGACUAAUAAAAAAAUGUUUAAACUUAAAAAAAUAAAAAUUUGAGAUUCUUCGAUGUUGCUGCUAACUUGGGCAGUUCAUAGUUUGCAGGUUUUUAUAAAGGUAAAAAAUUUCAUGAAAAUGAUGUUAAGGAUGUUAUUUAAAGAGCAAAUGAAGGUGGAUGUGACAGACUUUUACUUUCCGCUUCUAAUUUAAAAGACGCCAAAGAAUGCUAUUAAAUUAGUUAAAUGAGUGAUAAGUUUUAUUGUACAGUAGGACUACACCCUGCUAAAGCUAAUGAAGCUGAUUAAAACACUAAUAACUACUUUAAUUAGUUAGAUGGGCUUAUAUAGAAGUAUGGUAAAAAAUGUGUUGCUGUGGGAGAAUGCGGUUUGGAUUAUGAUAGAUUGUUUUGCUCUAAAAAAGAUGUUUAGCUGAAGGUAUUUGAAGCUCACUUUAAUCUAUCUGAAAAGCACUAACUUCCAUUAUAUCUACAUAGUAGAAAUUCAAGAGAGGAUUUUUUGAAUAUUUUACAAAAAAAUAAAAAGAGAUUUACAAAUGGAUUAGUUCACUCUUAUACAGGUGGUAUAGCUGAGUUAGAAGAGCUACUCUAAGAAGGUCUUUAUAUUAGUAUUAAUGCUUUAACUUUUAAGCACAAAAAAGACUAUGAAGUAGUUAAAAGAAUUCCUUUAGAUAGAAUUAUGAUUGAAACAGAUGCCCCUUAUUGUAAAAUAAAGCCUUCUGAUGAUGGUUUUUCUCUGCUUACUUCAGAAGAGCCUCAAUUUAUAAAAAAAGAAAAAUAUCAAAAGGGAUUUUUUAUAUAAGGUAGAAAUGAACCAUAUUUUGUUAGAGAAGUUAGCUAAAUGUUAUCAGCUGUGCUUGAAAAAGAUGAAUAUGAGAUUGCAGAAUAGUGUUAUUAAAACUCUCUCAAAUUUUUCAAUAUUUAAGAGUGA